AUGGAGACUGAUCCAACUGCUCCUACCAGUCGCGGUCCGAAUACUGCUUCUGCGCCCGCUCCUGCAAACCUAUCACAGACUGCUGAUGAGACCAACUCAAGCCCUGUCCAUUCUAUGUCUGGAGCGUUACCAGCCGCAGAUGUGAAAGACAGUCCAGAGGACACGGAGGAUGUUGGAGACCCUGGAGCCAACGAGACAGUCGAAGUCCCUGUCGAAGCUCCUGACAGCAUUGUUCAGCCUGCAGACUCCACUCUGCCCGACGGAGAUACAACAGGCGACAACUCAUUUGUACCUCCAGCUACCUCCAAUAGUGUGGCAGAGGCCAACGGCACCUCAUCUACGUCGAAGAGACCACCAAAUGGCAAACGCAAGUCGACCGGUGGCGUGCCAGAGCAUAAAACCAAGAAGCUCAACAAGAAGAAGUCCCUUCCAAAGAUCACACACCUUGAUGCGCAGCCUGGCGAAUACUACUUUGCGCGUCUCAAAAGCUAUCCUCCAUGGCCUGCCAUCAUCUGCGAUGAAGGAAUGCUACCUCAUUCGCUGCUCUCUACGCGACCAGUGACUACAAAACAGGCUGACGGUACCUACAAAGAGGCCUAUGCUGACGGUGGAAAACGUGUCCAUGAGCGUACAUUCCCGAUCAUGUUCUUGCACACCAACGAAUUUGCAUGGCUGCCUAACACAGAACUCACGAAGCUCGAUAUUGAAGAAUGCAAAGACGUCUCGGAGAAGGGCAAGACGAAAUCCUUGAUACAAGCAUAUCAUGUGGCUGCUGAAGGGCACAACCUUGAACACUUCAAGGCCAUGCUGUUGGACCAUCAGAAGGCAAUGCAGGAGGACCAGGAGCGACGUGAAGCUCGAGAAGCUGCGAAAGCCGGAAAGGCCGAUCGCGCUGACAAGAAGAAACGAAAGAGCGAAGCUGCUGAGGAAGACGAAGAUGUCGAUAUGGAAGAUGCAGAAGAGGAGGGCAAGCCACAGCCGAAGAAAUCCUCGAAGAAACGUAAGAAGGAGGCUGAAAGUGACGGAGAGGAGGAAAAGCCCGUUAAAACGCCUAAAACUGCCACCAAACUAAAACUCACGACUCCAAAAGCACCUGGUACCAACGAAAAGAAAGCCGUCACGAAAGCGACAAAGCCAAAGUCCGAGAGGAAGAAAUCGAAAGCUGCUAUUAGUGAUGAGGAACCUAUUGAGGAGGAGCCUAAGGAGCCAGAGAAGGAGCUUGACCCUGCAGAAGCCAAGGCGAAGAAAGAGAAAGAAGGUAAAGACCGUGCAGUGCAGCGCAGCGUAUGGCAGAUCAUAUGCUUACUCUCUACAGUUCUUUUCCUACGACACAAACUCCAGAAGGGCUUUUUGUCCCGCGAUCAAGCGCCUCAGGAAAGUGAAAUGGCUACUAUGUCUAAUUUCAUCGGCAAGCUCGAGAAUUACGGUGACCUCGAAGUCAGCAUCAUUCGCUCUACCAAGAUUAACAAAGUUCUGAAGGCCCUCAUCAAGCUCAACACCAUCCCUAAAGAUGAAGAAUUCAAUUUCAAGAGCCGAUCAGUGGAUUUGCUAGGGAGAUGGAACAAAGCAUUGGGGGCUGACAGCACUGCAGACGAGGCCGCUGGACCAUCCGGCGGGGGCAAAGAGGACCAGCCCACCACAAACGGAGUCCACAAAGAGGACAAAGAGUCCAGCGAAGAGAAGAAGGAUGUAUCGUCUGCUGCCACGGAUGCUGUCCAGGGCACUGAGACUAUGCGCGAGGCAUCAUCUGAUGCAAAGGAGACUGUUGUGGACAAGAUGGUGGAUGAUGAGGCUCCUUCUGGUGCAAUUGCCGAGGAGGCUGAGAAGUCAGCAGAAGAAGUCAAAGCAGACGCGGAUCUGGCAGCUUCAGAGACUUCUUGA